GCACAACCACAUCCUUAAUCUCUCAUCAAUAUCAUGCCUCGCGCUGAAGCAUUGUUUUCACGUGGAGUCGCUGUGGGCGUGAUGACAUAUGGCUUUAUUAGCAUCAGAAUACUACCCAUGGAUGGCUGGAUCCGAGCACAGAGGGGAGGGCACUUCCAGUUUGUGACUAUACGAGAUGACGUGCAUGGCCCGGCUUCAGGCUGCGGGCCAGCCGAAUAGGCCAAGCCAUAUGCUGUUGAAUCUGCACAAAUAUUAUUUGUGUCCCCCCGAAACAAAAAUGUGUGACCCCUGGGAAAAAUGUGUG